CCUGCAACAAUACGGAAAACCAUGCUUCGCCUCAGCCUCAGGUGCUGCCCAUCUCAGUCUGCCAUUUAGUUCUGAGAAUUUGAAGUUCAAGAUUGUUCUGUACGCCUUUCCAGGAGACAGAAAAGGCUUAGAAUUACUACGUUCUUAUCUGCUCUACUUGCCGUCGGUGGCCCCUUGCAACCUGUGUUGAGUUGCUCUAGCCUGUUGAAGCUUUCUGUCUGAGUGAAAACAGCUGGCGCAGUGCACGUGGUUGUGAAUUGUCCAUUCACUCGAAAUUGAAAGUCCCUUAAGGCACCUUCAUUGAUACCUUCUGCUGCAGCAGGUUCCUAAGAUCCGUACACAAGCCAUUGCAACUCAGGAGAGGUUCAUGAUGGGACCACCUUGGCGUAGGCCGCACAAACCCCUAGAAAAGCCAUGGGCCUCCUAGCAUUCGCUCGCGAGCUGGUCAGGUUCUUCUACGCUUAUGUCAGCCUGCCCUCACAAGCCCCAAUGCUAGGUUGGAUGCGCAAGGGGUCCCCCUCAGAGGGGCCCGGGUUAAAGGCGCAGUUUGCAAAACUACAAGGGUUUCACGACCUCGCCAGAGACGUGAUCCGGCGAGGGGUGGAGUGCGACAGCAAGAAGCAGGCCAACAACGCCGCCAGCUUCUACCUACGGGGGCUGGAGGUUUUGCAGGAGGGGUUGAACCUUCCAAUUGCUGCAAACAUCAAUGGUUCCGACGAGGUGCAACGGCUCGUGGACGCAAUGCAGCGGUGGAAGGUCCAGGUUACGGAGAGGUUAGAGUCAGUAACCGGCGCCAAGCCCUCGGGGGCUAGUAGCGAUCGGCCAUCCCCUGCCAGCUACGCAGACUGGCUCGCUUCAGGAACAGAGAAGAAGAAGAAACCUGCCACCACACCGCGAUCUACUUCAGGCCCGGCAUCGGUGCAAAGGACGACAUCAGCAAAUGGCAGGGCGGCGGCGCCACCGCAAAGGAGGGUGAUGUCAUCGGGAGGUUCUGUUUCAGCGACUGGGGGCCAGAGCAGGGCGGAAGUGAAAGGGGUGCCGCAGGACUUGGUGCGGCGAAUAGAGGAAGAGAUUGUGGACAGUACGGGCUCUGUGAAGUGGGACGAUAUCGCAGGGCUUCAGCAGGCUAAGAACACCCUCACCGAGAUGGUGCUCCUCCCAACACUCAGGGGGGAUCUGUUCAAAGGGCUUCGGGCGCCACCCCGAGGGUUGCUUCUCUUUGGGCCUCCAGGAAACGGGAAGACCAUGCUGGCAAAGGCCGUCGCAGCGGAAGCAAAAGCGACUUUCUUCAGCAUAAGCGCUGCGUCACUGACGUCCAAGUGGGUGGGCGAGGGCGAGAAGCUGGUGCGCGCGCUGUUUGCGGUGGCCAAGCAGCGGCAGCCCGCCAUGAUCUUCAUCGACGAGAUCGACAGCAUCCUGUCCGCGCGCUCCGCCAGCGAGCACGACGCGAGCCGGCGCCUGAAAACAGAGUUCCUCGUUCAAUUCGAUGGGGUCAUGUCAAGUGACGAGGACCGGAUAAUCGUUAUGGGUGCCACGAACCGGCCCGAGGAGCUGGACGAGGCCGUGCGGCGCCGGCUGGUGAAGCGCAUCUACAUCCCGCUGCCGGACGCCCCCGCGCGGCGCGCGCUGCUGGACCACGUCCUGCGCGGGCAGGCCGUCCGAAUGUCCGAACGGGACCUCGCGCGGCUGGUCGCCGAGACGGACACGUAUUCGGGGAGCGACCUGCAUGCGCUGUGCAGGGAAGCUGCUAUGGAGCCAAUCAGGGAGUUGGGAAGCAGAAUAACGACGGUCGAGUUGGACCAGGUUCGACCUCUUGUAUAUAGCGACUUUACAAAAGCUCUUCGUGUUAUAAGGCCUAGUGUAUCAAGAGAUCAGCUUCAACGGUAUGAAAAGUGGAAUCGAGACUUUGGUUCCCUGUAGAGGUAACAUUGUCAUCGAUCGAGUCAAACAUGGCCAAGAAACAAGUAUUUUAAAUAUGUAAUUGAGCACUGUCAAGUUUUCGAGCUUCCAAAAGUUAUCCUGAGCCACGCCUGUAAAGAGUCAGGCGGUGCGCGAUACGAGUG